UGAAGUUGUGGCCACAACCAAAACUAACUAUUACUUAUAAUGAUAAGAAUGUGACAAUAAUGUUCCUUACUUCACUUUGUUUGCAAAAUGUGAACGUUACGAAUAAGCUGCUCAAGUCUUUUCUGUCCAAUUGUCCACAACUUGAAAGAUUGCAUGUGGUGAACUCAAAAACACUUACAAAGCUCAAUGUGUCUGGUUCAUCACUAAGCUUAAAGCAUUUGCAUAUAUCUUUAUGUUACAGAAUCAAACAUAUUACGGUUUCUGCACCAAACCUUGUUUCGUUUGAAUAUUUUGGAAUGAAAUCGAGAUUGCGUCUAAGGUAUGCACCCCAACUGCGCAAUGUAUUUUAUGGUUCCCAAUAUCACCACCGCGUUACAUAUGGCCUUCACCGGAUUUCAAGUUUUCUUUGUCAAUUAGUGACUCUGAAGAUACGCCUUAGCAUGGACUGGGGCGAAUAUAAGCUCCCAAAAUUUCCAGAGCUUAGCUGUCUUCGACACUUGACUUAUGAAGUUUGGGUAGUUGAUGGAAAAAACCUCCUUGGUUUAACAUCUCUAAUAGAGGCAUCACCUGCCUUACAAAAAUUUAAACUAGAGUGUGUGUUAACUGAAGCAGGGGGGAAAAGGGAAGUGCAAAAGGUGGAGGGGUAUCCAAACAAAAACCUCAAGGAGGUGGAAGUAGUUGGAUUUUUGGGUGGUACAUCAGAUACUGAACUUAUUAUCUACUUGCUCGAAAGUGCAUUCAAUCUUGAAAAGCUAGUUAUUGAUCCUUGUCCUUUAUCAUGGAGGGGAACCCCUUGGGAGUUUGUGGAGACUGAGCAGAAACAAAGGGCUAGAAGGUCUGCUCUUCAAUUCAGGAAAACUCAAGCUAAUAAAGGAUCAGUUGAGUUUGUUAUACUCUAACUUCUCUUAAUUUACCAUUCACUCUGCAGAUCAUUGCUAUAUAUAAGGAUAAAAUAUAUUGUACUUAGUGCCAAUGUUUAAGGCACUCAAAUUGUCGAGUUUAGCAUGUAUACAUUUGGCUUGGAGGACCAAUUUUUCAUAGUAUUUGGUUUUUAUUUUUAUAAAAUUUAUCAUACUUAUUAAUAAAUGGAGUAAAACAAUUUGUUGGCACCCUUUUGAUUUAUGUUUCUAGGUUUACUCAAGGAAUUUUUUGGAAUAUUUAACAUAGUUUAUAUUAUG